UGCAUUCGAUUCCGAUUCUGAAUACUUCUGAGACUGGAAUCGAUGGAAUCGAAUACCGAUUCCGAGACUGCAUCUGCGCAUGCGCAAAGCCACGUGGUAUCAAUUACAGCAAUAAUUAAGGUAUUAACUACUGAUUUAUUAACUAUUAUUAAUAUUAAAAGGUGUGGUUUAAUUCGGAAUCGUUUAAAACGAUUCCUACUUCUCUUUCGAUACGAGUACGAUUCCAUUCGGAAUCGAAGGAUCGAAUACUCCGGACUCGGAAUCGCCCAUCACUAUUUGCAGCUAUAGUUUUCCAUUUAUGUUUCACUUUGUCAUUUGUAGGAAGAUGCUCGGGAAUUAGCUGAUUUUAGUGAAACUGAUUUAGUAGAAGGACUACCACAGCAUCAUAGACUGAGAGAUGGACCAGGAGGGAUAGGAGCUCAAACUGGAGCUCUGACUCCAAAACGAACUAAAAAGAAAAAGAAGAAGAAGCAGCCGCAAAGGGAAGACUCGGAAGAUGAUGAAAGAGGAGGGGGAGCUGGAGUGAGACGACAGCAUAGUCUUAGAGAAAUGUUUCCAUCGACAAGUAGAAACUUUAAAUUGGAGCAUGUAGCAUCAAUUGUGUUUCAAGAAAAGAUAAAAUCUCAAGAAAAACUAGCUAGAAAGCUCUCCCUGCUAUCAGCAAAACAGCGACUAUCAAGCCGUCAAGUGUUCUUCGUACUAACAGAUAAAGAGAUACGUGUCAAAGAAGCCAAUACCACUGAUCUAUUAAUGAUGUUACCGUUCGCCAGUAUUAUAUUCUGUGCUCACUUCCAUUUGUCAGGAGAACUCUCAAACAUUUUGAGUAUUUUUGUUCGUAACGUCACAGAAGGGGGAGACUAUCAGGCUCACUUCUUUAAAUGUGCUAAUACUCCUGCACCUGCUAUAGCUGAAUUGAUAAACGGUGCAAUGACAAAUGCUAAACAACCAAGCAGACGCACAUCAUACAGGAAUGAUGAUCAUGAUGAGCUGAACCCAAUGUCCCACUCCAUGACACGAGACAUGAUUGAUGGGGAUAACUGGGGCAUUGGCUCACCCCCUCGGUCUCCCACUGGCCCCACCAUUCAGCCACUGCGAACUAUGCCGUCAAACAACCAGUCGCCUAACGCUUUCAUACAAAUGGGAGGACCUACAGGACGUGGAGGAGGAGGAGGAGGAGGAGGAGGAAGUAAUCCUGGGGUAGUUGUGUCUCACAUGACUUCAAGCACUGAUCAGUUGGCAAGGAGAGAUGUGAGCAGCAGUCCAGCAAUAUCAGCUGAUAUUGGGAGGCACUUAAGACCAUCUUCUGCUGGGAGCAAUUCUGCUUCAUCUCCAAACCAAUCUGGUAAUGCUCACUUGCUUCACCCACGUACGGCCCAGUUGCAGCACGAGGGGAUGAACCCCUCCCCACGUACUGCUAGAAGACUAGGGGAAAUGGUUGCAAAGACAACCAAUCAGUACACAGAGUCUGUUCUCUCUCGGUCUGCCGGGGGGGAGAGUAGGAGCAGCAGCGAUAUUAGGAAGACUAUGAAAGCUUCUAAAAUACAGCGUGAUGUGGUAAGGAGAUGCAUGAAUGCCU